AUUCCACACGCUGGCAGGUUUACAGACAAGCGCGCGCACAGGCGGCUUCUGUUCCGGCGGAACUUCCUGCAGCCUGUCACGUGAUUAGAGGGCCGUCCAGCCACACAGACACCAUCAUCUUUACACAAAAUGAGCGCCAAAUCUCAGGCCUUUGCCUCCGGCCGUCCACCCAGCACAGUUCGAUGCAUCUUCUAACAGCUGCGCGACGUGAUCCUCACGUAUGAAUAUCUGAACAUCUGAACGAGUCACGUCAUCGCUUUUCAUCGCUGCUGCUUGCAUGCUGGACACGUGGCGGACAUUCACUCUGCCCGACCGGCGAUACUUGGCGAGAGCUGCAUGAAGCUGCGCAGAACUGUCGUGCGGUCGUAACGUUUCAGAAGUGACGUGAGGCAUCUUCAAGCGAGAGACGUCACCUGCCUCCCUAUCUCACGCAUCGCGAGGUCAGAGGCCACAAGGACUUGGCGUAACGCCGCGUGCUUCACUUCUUUGUACGUCUGAUGACGAGGGCUGUGUGAUGUUUCACAUGUCCACCCAUUGACGCCUGGAGUCCAUCUUCCAACAAAUCGACUUCUGGUGGAGGAUAACUCUUGCUCAGGCGGGUACCUGUUGACAGCAGGAUCCAUCACUUCUUCUUGAUGCGGACAAAAAAAAUCUCGCGCCACCCGCAAAAAACGUUGAAACGGGUGUCUCGGCUUCCGAGAUAUCUGUGAUGACCUGAUUUCACGAGACCUAGAUUAUCGCGAUACAAACUUGUGGUGACAUUUUACGAUACCUACCUGUGAUGGCCGGUCAUCCUCGAUACAAAACGUUUGCAGUCUAACAACUUGGUCUCAGGCUUCUCCCGUAACGGGGGUUUAUCUUCCUCCGUGUCCAACUGACCCGUCUCCGGGCAGAUCCUACAGUACUUGGCGUCCCGUUGCACCAUGUCAUGGGGUCACAUCCGCUUGUCACGUCCACUUGCAAUCGUCGUGGGUGUGUGAACAACAAGGCGUGACCGUUGGUGCUCGAGGCCUGUACGAGGGCGGCGCCAGUCUGCUAUAAAAUUCCUGCCUUUUCCUUUUUGCAGUCCUUCACAAGGGUCAGGCGCCCAGUGUCCAUGUUGCAUCCACUUCUCGCGGACUGCGACGGAGCGAGGCGCAUUCUCAUCUUGUGCAAGGUGUGAUGACGUGGACCAUCGCAGUUUCUCGGUGACAUCAUGUUUGUGUACCCGACACGGUUAUACGUUCGGUGACCUGUGAAUCUAGUCUGUUGAUGGAAGCAGAUUGUGACAACUAACCUUCGGAUGCUAUCACGAUGUCCAGUCGACCGUGACGACCUGUUCAUCGUUCAUUGUCGCUAUGUCUUGGUGUAGUUCCUGACACUGGCCACAUGAAUCCUGUCCGAAAUGCCUUGCGGACCUUGUCCUGGUCGAAGACUAGAGCUGAGCUGGGCUCACGAGAACAACUGGUUGUCGAGUACAAGCGCUACUCCACCUCCACCGAGCCUCGCACACCCACACCAUCGUCACCCAACGGCCAUGUCGGGGGAGUGGGGCGGGUGCCUUCUCUGCCAGAGAGCGGGGAGGCCGACGACGUGUUCGUGGACGAGAAACUAAAGGCCGGUAACAACGAGUUCCCGCACUUCGCCCCUCCCCCUCGCACCCCCGGCACCGCCCCUCCCCCCGACGUCGCGUGGCCCAAGAAGACGGUCAACGCGAGGCGAUGUCUGCUCAUCGCUGCCGGCAUCACAGCCGUCGUCCUUCUGGCGGCCGGCGUGGGACUGGCCAUCGUCCUCGUCAGACCAGAGUCAGAAGCUGAGUCUUCACCGAUCCAUCAGACCUCUACAUCAUAUCUCACAUCCACCAUGGAGACACCAAUCAUCACGUACGGCGGCAACCUCUUGCUGAUAUCGCAGUGGCCGGGUACGCGGGAACAGCUUGAGACAAGCUUGUCGCAAGAUUUCAUCUCUAUCGUCAAUAACUCACAGCUUGAGGCGUUUUACCUGGGAUUGUCAGUCGAGGAUUUUCAGCCCGAAACGCAGAACGUCACAUUCCAGUUGGACUUCCGGCAGAACGUCACGGAGCUGACGGCCCAGGAGCCUGUGCAGCAUCUGAAAGUCUUUUUGCAGCAAGAAAUUUACCAUCUGCUACGGAACGGGCAAACAGUGAUUGGUAUCAUUCCCGAGUCCUUUGUGUUGUAUGAUAUUCCACAAUUAUCCUCGACUUCGGCUCCGCCAUGGACGACUGUGACGUCACGGCAUCUGACUUCUACCUCUUCAUCAACUGUCUCGUCGUCGUCCAUCGCAGUGUCGCUGCCGUUAUCUUCACCCACAUCGUCGACUCCCUCAGCGUCCUCCGUGUCAGCUGCAGUAACAGCUGCGGCCUCUUCCACACCGUCGACCUCGUCGGCUGCUCCGUCCACUUCGUCAGCGUCAACGACAGCAUCUGUAACUUCGUCGUCCUCAUCCUCAGAAUUCGUGUCUUCAUCAGAAAAAUCACUGAUGUCAUCGACAAAGAUUCAGACCACCACACAGACUGCGACAUCACAAACAUCGACUGCUACAGUGCCAGAGGAAUGCCUGGAGCUGACCUUUGACCCGUGCCUGGACCUGGGGUACUCGCACUUCUCGCUGCCCAACCUAAUGGGCCAUGAAAGCGUGGAGGAGGCUGAGGAGGACUUCUACAUGUUCAACAACAGCCUCGCGACCGCCUGCACCAACGACUUCACCUUCUUCUGCGCAUUUGCAUUUCCCCCUUGUGACGUCACGCUCAGUAACUGGAUGCCGUGUCUGGAAACUUGCCAAGACACGGUGUCCAGGUGUAACGACCAGUUGCCAUGGCCGCUAGACUGCGUGGGCUUCCCCCACGAACAACCCUGCCUCCAGAGCAUCUUCUUGCCGCCUUCUACUUCCACUUCACCCCCUCCGCCUUCUUCGCUGUGCGUCAGUCAGAACUACCAGCCGUGUAGGAGUCUGGGCUUCACAUCAACCAUGUACCCGACGUGGUUUGCUGAAGACGAGGCCGCCAACAUCCGGGCAUUUGAGACGUGGGGCAUGCCGACUAUCCAAUCGGGCUGUUCGCGCGUGGCCGAGUACUUCAUGUGCGCCAUGUUCUUCCCGUCAUGCAACGCGGAGCAUAACAACGUCACCCGCCCCUGUCGCAGUACUUGUGAAGAGGUGGAGGAAGCCUGCUACUCACAGGCCAAGUUCAACCCCUACUGUCCGCUGUUCAACACAGACCCGAACACCUGCCUGCUCCCUCCAGUCAUGACAACCCCCUUGGGCACGAUCAGCAACAGGAAGUCCUCCAUCACCGAGGUCACCACCACGCCGCCGACUACACCCACACCACACCAGUGCCUGCCCAUCUCCAUCGAGGCGUGUCGCCAUUUUGGUCACCUGAAUGGAAGUGUGCCCAGCACCUGGGGUGCGACGGAUGUCGAGACAAUACAGAAGCAGUACCUGUAUCUUGUGGACCCUGUCGUGUCCUCCGGAUGUUCCGAGGUCGCUCUCUUCUACGCAUGCGCGAUGUUGUUUCCGCGCUGUGAUGAUGGCGUCUUCCUGUAUCCCUGCCGGAGUGUUUGCGAGGAGUACGACAGGAAGUGCAGAAACGCUCCCAGGUUCUUUCCCCAGAACUGCUCGCUGCUGCCGGACAAGGCUACAGAUGGAGAGUGUCUCCAACCACCUAGACCUGUAGACUGCGGUGACCAGUUUCGCUGUGAGGGCGCUCCUCUGUGUGUGCCCAAGAGUGCCGUGUGCAACCAAGCCAACGACUGCGGUGAUUGGUCAGAUGAGCGAAACUGCACAUGCAACAGCGACUUCGAGUUUAAGUGUGACAUGGGAAUGUGCAUUCGUAACUAUCGGAGGUGCGACUACCAGAUCAACUGCCCGGAUGCCAGUGACGAGGCCAACUGCACCAACUGCACCAGAAACCAGUUCACAUGUCGGGAUGGGAGGUGUCUGAUGGCUGAGUGGGUGUGCGAUGGAGAUAUGGACUGUUCAGAUGGAGAGGACGAAGCUGAUUGUGGCACGUGUGACCUCCCGAGCUUCGCGUGCACCAGUGGCGAGUGUCUGUCCAGUGACGCGCGCUGUGACGGCGUCGUCCAGUGCAAGGAUCAGACAGACGAGAAGAACUGCAUGGAGGUAUUUGACGACAUCUUGUUCCUGUUCGUGGAUGGCGGGGCCCAUGCGGUGUGUGCUGACGGCUUCACCAAGCAACAUGCUGACCUGGCCUGCCAGUACCUGAGAUACCCUGGGGCCAUCACCAUGGAAGUAAAGAUAUAUCCGCACUUGAUGUACUACAAAGUAUCCACCAACGGAACCUUUAAAACCGUCAUCAGUCGUGGCGAGCCUGUGGACUUUUGUGAUGACCGCGUGAUUUCCCUGACCUGCGCGCCUGCUGAAUGCGGGGAAAACAACAUGAUGGGUAACUUCAUCAUCAAUGGCCAGGAUGCGAAUCCAGGUAACGCUCCCUGGCAGGUGUCCAUCCAGGAGUUCGGCAAACACUUCUGUGGAGGCUCGCUCAUCCACCAGUACUUUGUGGUGACCGCAGCACACUGUGUGGACCAAUACAUCACUCUGACCAACCUGGAUGUGGUGGUGGGGGCGGUGGACCUCUCCAAGCCCGAGGCCAGCCGCAAGCAAGUGCGCGUCAAGCGCAUCAUCAAGCACCCGCAGUACCAGCCCCUCAACGGCUACGACGUGGCGCUGGUGGAGCUGGCCACCCCGGUUAACUUCACGGCCUACGUGGGGCCGCUGUGCCUGCCGCGCGCCGAGCAUCAGUUCUCGCGCUUCUCCCGUUGCUUCACCACCGGCUGGGGCCGCAUGGAUCCCAGCAUAUCCAGCAUGGCAACGCGGCUGCAGAUGCUGAAGAUGUCGCUGUGGGACACAAACAAGUGCAACUCGUCCUACGCCUGGGAUGGCGGCAUCCGUCCUACGGAAAUCUGCGCCGGCUACUACUCAGGAAUAAGAGCUCCUUGUCAGGGAGACAGUGGUGGGCCCUUGUUCUGCCUGUCCCUCAGUUACAACUGGGUGCUGGUGGGGGUGGCUUCGUACGUGCACGAUGGCUGCAACAAGCCUGAGAAACCAGUGGUCUUCUCCGACGUUUCUUUGUACAACGGCUGGAUCCACAACAACACAGAGUGCCGCUUUCAGUGUGGCACCGGGAGAUGCCUGUACGACAGUAGCAUGGUGUGUAACAAAGUGAAUGAUUGUGGCGAUAACAGCGAUGAAAUAGACCUGUGCGAAAUUUCUGCUAACUGCACUUUUGAAGACGGGUACCUGUGUGGGUACAACAGCGGCCAGUGGCUGUGGGUGUCAGAAACCGUCAUUAACAACCGGUACCCGCUCUACGACUACAAUCAGGGAAGAUACCCAGGAAUGUUCUUGAUCGGUCCCUUUAGAGGGUUAACCCUGCACACGCCAAGAAUAGACCUGACGUCACCCCAUUGCUUCCGCUUCCGGUACCACAUGCGCGGGAUGGUCGUGCAGGGCCUGUCCGUACACGUGCAUGCGCUGGAGACCGUGGGCUGGAAGAUGGUGUGGUCCAGGAACAUCACCAACAUCGGCUGGGGGGAGGAUAUCUGGCAGCUGGGUCAGUUUAACCUCGGGAAGGGUCACUUCGACAUCGCCAUCAUGCCCUACGACGACGGCGUGGUCUCGGUGGAUGACGUUCGUCUCUUGAGCGGCACGUGCGCGGCGACCGCAGGGUGUACUGAUGAUGAGUUUUCCUGCAAGACCAACGGCGAGAUGAACUGUCUACCGUCUAAACUCAGGUGUAACGUAGUGGCGGACUGCGAUGAUGCAAGUGAUGAGGUCGGCUGCAAAGAACCGUUGUACAUCUGUAACAUGGAAGACGGUGUGCAGUGUGGACUCCGACAGAACUCCUCCGACUCCAACAGCGGCGAGUGGCGUCUCGUCAACGGCUCGCGCGUGGACAUGCGUGACGUCACAUUCAACACGAGCAAAGGCCACCUGAUGCAUUUGGGAACAGAGCGAAUGUUGAGUACCGACGCGGUGUACAUGUACCACGAGCUGUACCUGGGAGGACGGCCGCACUGCUUGAGCUUCUCCUUCUUCUCCACCUCUACAGUUAGAGUGGAGGUGGAGUUCUUGCCCACGACCUCAUCAGCCCCGCAAGUCAUCUGGUUCAUGGCCGAUCGCCGGACGAUUGGGUGGAGCCGGACACAGGCUCAGAUCCCUGCCGCGGUCAAAGGUCAGCUGAGAUAUGUCGUGUACGGGAAUCGCCUUGACCGCAGCAUACUUCACCCCAUGUUUGCCCUCGACGAUAUGAGAAUCGACCGCAACGACUGCCCGACCUUCACGUGUCCAGCGGACCAGCAGGCCUGCAGCAGCGAAGCGUUUUGCCUGACUCCGGCACAGAUGUGCGACAGGGUCGUCGACUGCAGGGGCGGCGAGGAUGAGCGUCCGUGCAAUUGUACAACGGCGGAGUUCAAAUGCCCCAACGCUCAGUGUAUACCUAAAGUCAGCACUUGUGACACUAUUCGUGACUGUCCGGACGGCAGCGACGAGGGCGCCAUCUGUGACCACCUUGUGUCGGUGACAUGUGACUUUGAGGACCCGUUCAUCUGUGGCUACUCUCAGAACGCUUCGUCAGAAGAGAAGGCCUACAGGUGGUCACGUGAAAAGGGGGGACCACUCAACUUCGGGACGGGGCCUGACCGAGACCGCACUGGCAAUAGUUCAGCUUACUACAUGAUGGCCAAUGGGGAGAACGGCAAAGCCCACGACUACGUGGCCCUGCAGUCGCGCAGUUUCCUGUCCAACGGCAGCACGUCACUGGCCUUCUACUACCACGCCUACAACAUCUUCCACCAGUUUGACAUCACCGGCACGCUGGCGCUGGUCACCAAGGACCACGUGACCGGAAGUGAGGUGGUGCAGUGGCAGCUGAGGGCGGACGGCAACAGCACGUGGCGGAGCGCAUGCGUGCAGCUGCCGGCGAGCAACAGCUUGUCGGUGACGUUCGUAGCCUCGCGCGGCAAGGCUCAGCGUGCCGACCUGGCCCUCGAUGACGUCACGCUCCUGGACAAAAGCUGUGACGAGUUUUCCAAGAAAUCUCGUCUUCCUAAUGCGCCGGUAGCGGAGAGUUCUAGACAGGAGAGCACACAAACGGCAGCAUGUCUCGCUGGCUACAAGGCGUGUCGCAACGGCAUGUGUCUCAGCCUCACCCACUUCUGCGACGGGAUCCAGGACUGCAUCGACAACUCCGACGAAGCCAACUGCCCGAGCUGACGAGGAUUGUCGGGUGUGGGAUUCCCGAGCACUUCCGCUUCAACAUAUCAGUAGAGGCAGAUAACUCCUGCCACAGUAGUGCCACGCGUCGCUUCUACUCCACUUCUGGCUUCAGGACAUGCGUUGUCUUGACGACGGCCUGGUGGUGCCCCUUGUCUCCGCCAGGGUGUGCCCCGUGCCCCCUAGACUCCGCGGGGUAGUGCCCCCUGCUGCUCUUCAUGGCGAGACAGUUCGACUGACAAGAUUUUCGCACAAACGCGUGUGUGUAUCUGCGUGCGUGCUUGUGUGUGCACGUGUGUGUGUGUGUCGCGCGUGACUUUAGUUGUUGUUGUAAAUAUUUUUAUGCCGAAACACUUUUGCCGACCAGAGGUCAGUGAGGUGUCCGAAUUGUGAUUUUCCAACCAUUCCCUUAUAUUUUUGAAUUAUUAUUAAAAAGAUGCCCGUUCAGCGUAUUUUAUUUAUUACUGGCGCUGCUAUGGCAACUACGUGAUGUUAAUUCUGAAGCCUUGAACUGCCAUCAGUGACGUGAUGAACACGUGAUGACGAGAAAUGUGAGCCAGCUUCGUGAUGAACAGCAGGAAUCUCGACGAGGUCGUGACAAAGUCACGUGUGUCACGUGUACGGUGGGUGGGUGGGCGGGUAUGCAGCGAUUGUCACGACGGUGUCCUGGUGAACAAAAACACUAAUGCUGUGAUGAACUCUGUGUGUAUGUGUGUGAGUCUCGUGAUGAACACGUAUCGAUGCCGUGGUGUACGUGACAGUGACGUAAUCAGCAAGCCAGCCAAGUGACUGUGCGCCAGAGGUACGUCACGUUGGUCACGUUACGUUCGCCUCCUGUGUUGCACUACGUGACAGUACUGUUUCACUGCAAGUCUGACACACGUGUGUGCAAGUGUGACCAAGUGCUACACAGCUGACAGACAGACGGCGCGUGUUGAUGACGUGUACACAGGGUGGAAACCAAACUCUCCGACAUUCAUUCCUGUCUUGUUACGUGUUACUAUUGGCUUGGCGUUACCUCUACAGUCUGUUGCUACCGUAGCAAGUACUUACCUGGGCUCCGGUGCAUAGGCGGUCUUAACUUUUCGUCUUGCUUAA